AUGACUGCAGACGUUCUUCACCACAAACGCAAAAGCUCCCUCUCCACAAAGGCCAGCAAUAGCAAGUCUGUGAAUCCAAUCUUGAAACAGAUUGAAAUGGAGGAUAUGUAUGACCUGCCCGUCGGUAUCGCUACCGACCGCGGCGCCAAACUCAACCAAGAGGACGUGUACUUCAUUGGUGGCAAAGUAGCCGAGAGACUCACACUGAACGGCUACUCUAGCUCCGCUCGCGGUUGCUUCGGCAUCUUUGAUGGCCACGCUGGCGACCGUGCCUCACGCUUCUGUGCUGAGGGCAUUUUUCCACGUAUCCUUAAGCAGCUUGCUCAGAAGUCCACCAUGAAGGACGCCAUCACAAAUGCAGUUCGAGACCUUGAUGCCGAAUUCUGCACCCUUGCUCGUCGCACGUCAGAGUCCGCAAGCUACACCACCUCACAGCUAAGUCACGUCCACCCUUUUGCCACCGACGACGGAUCUACACUUCUUGUCGCCAUAGUCCGUGAUGGACUCCUGCAUGUAGGCAACGUCGGUGACUCGCGUGCUGUCGUUGUCACUCGCCAUGGAGAUGCCAUUCCCAUGUCUUUCGACCAGAAACCCGACCUCAGAGAUGAGCGCAAGCGCCUGGAAGCCAAGGGUGCGUUUAUCACAGGCACGCCCUCCUGCAUGCACAAGGUGUGGCCUCUAAACAAGAUGCUCGACGUACCCCGUGUAAACGGCCGAUUAGCCGUCUCGCGCUCCAUCGGUGACGUGUCACUAAAACCGUACAUCUCGUGCGACCCCGAGGUCCAGACUCGCAAGAUAUCCAAAAACGAUCGGUUUCUCGUCUUGGCGACGGACGGUCUUUGGGACGUGGUUACCAGUAAGGCAGCGGCAAAGCUUGUGGCUCAUUUCAGGGACCCUCAACGAGCUGCGGACGCACUUCUUGCGCUUGCACUACAAAAAGGCACCACUGACAACGUCACAGUCAUGGUCGUGAAGCUGAGGGCGUACGACACUAGUGUCAGCUGCACAGACGUCACCAGUGACUAA